AUGCCCUGGGUCAUGCUCCACCUCUCCACCUCCUCCCACCCGCACUUCCGCGCCCUUCGCUUCAAUCACACCUCUGUUGAGGCACUUCCUGCUGCUGGGGGGGAGAAGGGACAAGGAAGCGGAGGAGGAGGAGGGAAAGUAGGAGGAAUUGUGGGGGGAAAUGGGUGGGGAGUGAGAAAGGGGGAGGUGUGGAGGCCGAGGAGGGGGGAGGGAGUGUGUGAGCUGGGGAGGGGGGACUGGCAAGUGGAGAGGGAGGGGUAUCCGCUGUACGCAGCAGAAGACUGUCCCUUCAUUAGUGGCACAUUCAACUGCCUGGAGAAUGGCCGCACAGACUUUGACUAUCUCCACUUCGCAUGGCGCGAGAGUGACUGCGUACACCCAUUCACUCGCUUUCGUGCUGAUCGUUUUUUCGAGGCCUUCCAGAACCGUCGGAUCGUCUUCGUGGGCGACUCUACACUGCUCUCGUCCCUUGCGUGCAGAUGUUCCAGUCGCUGCUCUCUGCCCGCUCGCCGUGGGUCCCUCCCUCCCACCCAUUCACAGCAUAUUCUCAAUUCUUCCUUUCUCCCUCUCGCUCCUCAGAUUAUACCCCCUCUUCUCACCUCUCUUCUUCCCCUCGCUGCCCUGCAGAUGUUCCAGUCGCUGCUCUGCCUUCUCUCAGUGGGUCCCUCCCUCCCACCCAAUCACAGCCUGCCAACAGAGCGACUCAACCGCACCUUCCCCUCCCUCCUCCACCCUUCCCAGGAGCCAGGCGCGAAUGGGUUGAAUGCGGUGGAACCGGGUUCGGACAGGUCGGGUGCUCUAAGGCCAGGUUCGGAGGGGUUGGGAGCGGUGCGGGUGGUGCGGUUGGAUGCAUGGGCAGCGUAUGUGGUGGCAGCACAGCCGCAUGUGCUGGUGAUUCACACGGGAGGGGCGUGGGUGGAGCUGCAGCAGCGAUGGCAGCAGCAUAGGGCGCGUUUACAUGCUUCUCAGGAGCAUAGGGCGCGUUCGCAUGCCUCUCAGGAGGGGCAAGAGGGGCAGGAGGGGCAGAAAGGGCAGAAGGGGCAGAAGGGGCAGAAGGGGCAGGAGGGGCAGGAGGGGCAGAAGAGGCAGAAGGAGCAGGAGGGGCAGAAGGGGCAGGAGGGGGAGAAGGGGAAGGAAGGGCAGAAGGGGAAGGAGAGGCAGAAGGGGAAGAAUGGGCAGAAGGGGAAGGAGGGGCAGAAGGGGAAGGAAGGGCAGAAGGGGAAGGAGAGGCAGAAGGGGCAGGAAGGGCAAAAGGGGCAGAAGGGGCAGAGUGUAGCAGCGAAUGAAAGGAAGGUUUCUGAUGCAGUGGCUGAGAACGGAGUUGAGGAAGGAGUGAAGGGGGGAGUGAAGGGAGGGAUGGGUUCGAGGAAAGUGGGAGGGGGAGAAGGGGGAGGGGAAGGCAAGGUGGAAGUUGGUGGGGGAAAAAGGGAGGCUGUUGGGGGAAAGGGGGAAGCUGGCGGGGGAAAAGGGAAGGAUGGUGGCAGAAAGGGGGAGGUUUGGGGGGGAAAGGGGGAGGUUGGUGGGGGAAAGGGUGGGCCAGAUGGGGGAAAGGGGAAGGCCGGUGGGGAAAAUGCGGAGAUGGGUGGGGGAAAGAGGGAGGCUGAUGAGGGAAAGGGGGAGGCUGGUGGGGGAAAAGAGGGGGUUGGUGAGGGAAAGGGGAAGCCUGGUGGUGAAAAAGUAGAGGCUGGUGGGGAAAUCGGCAGAAAUGGCGCUGGAAAUAAGGGGAAGGGUGAAAGGAAUCAGGGCAAGGCUGGGGGCAGUAAGGGGGUCGGUGGGGGGAAUAAGGGAAGUGGUGGGGGCAGUAAGGGGGUUGGUGGGGGGAAUAAGGGGGAUAUUGGGGGAAAUGGGGUCAGUGGUUGGAAACUCAAAGGCCGUGGCGGUGGAAAACAGGGAAACAUUGAGGGCAACCAUGGCAAGGGUGGGGGAAACAAGAAAAUUGGACAGGGAAACAAAGGGAAUGGUGGGGGAAAGAAGGGGAACAGUGGGGGGGAUAGCAAAAUCAGUGCGGGAAACAAAGGGAAUGCUGGGAUGGCAUUGGGAGGCAAUAGUAAAGCUGGGUUGCAAGGAGGAGGGGCAGGAAAGCAGGCAGGCAGUGAGUCGAAGAAAGAAGGGGGGAAAGGAGUAAGCAUGGUUGAUAAGGGAAAGCAAGGCAAGGGGCAGGGGAAGCAAGGCGAGGGGCAAGGGAAGGGAAGCGAGGGGCAAGGGAAAGGAGGCAAGGCGAUUUCGAAGAAGGCUGGGACGAAGGUGGAGGGUGAGAUGAAACAGGGUGGCGACAACAGCAGUCAGACCACUAGUAGUGGAGGAGGAGGGGACACCACCAGUGGUUCUCAGACUGAUCCGUCUGAAGGAGGGGGGUUGCGAAUGGGCGAUUUUGACCAGAUGGCGAUGCUUGAUGGCACGGACGGUUCAGAUGAGGCGGGGACCCUUCGUAGCACGAAUGGUGCAGAUGAGGCAGAGGGGGGUUUAAGGGAGCCAAUGGGUGGAUUUAUAGUGGAGGGGGGUGAUGUGAGAAUAGAGGGGGCGGAGCAGCAGCAGCAAGGUGGUGGUUUCAUGGCGGAUGAACCUAGCUUGGUCCAAGAAGAGGUGUAUGAAGCACACUCUUCAUUCGGUCAAGGCAGCUCUCUUGAGGAGGAUAGGGUGGUGGAAAUUGAUGAAGUGCAGCAGGGUGGUGGUUUCACGGCAGAUGCACCUAGCAUGGUCCAAGAGGGGGCGUCUGAAAGCGGGUUUUCUGUCAGUCGAGUCGAUUUUUUUGAGGGGGAAGACGCAGUGGAAGCGGAAGGAGGGGUGGAGCAGGGGCAGAGUUCUGAGGCGACUCAAACUUCAGUGGAAGCGGAUGAAGUGCCUGGGCGGGAGCACAGUUUUAACGCUGUCUCACGCACAGAGAAUGAUGAGGAGGUUCGCGAGGGGGGUGUGAGUAAGGAGACUGCUAAUAAGGAGAAUGAUUCACCGGGAUCGGCUGAUAGUGCGCUCCCACCUAACCUGCUUGACUCGGUUGACUUUCUUGACCCGGUAGCAGCUUUCACCAAGACCCUCCGCAUGCUGCACCAUUUCCUCUCCUCCCAGCCCACCGCCGAAUCCCUCCCUACUUUCUUCCUCGCUCUGCCCCGAGAACAUUAUUUCCGGGCAGACCAGGACAACAGCAGCUCGCUCUGCCUGCCUGACGACGCCACAUGUCGAAACAACGGGUGGUGUAGUGGGUUUUCGAGGCCGAGAGAGUGGUUGGAGGAGGGAGGGGAGGAGCAGGCGCAUCAGCAGCGGUGGCAGCGGUGGCGGUGGCGGCAGGAGAGGGAGAGGAGGGAGAGGAGGGAGUGGGUGCAGUCGAGUGUGGGGCAGAUGGAAAGGGUGGUUGAGAGGGAGAUGGGGAGGGGGGACAGGGUUGUGCUGCUGCAGGCAGGGGGGUUAACUGAUGCUCGAUUUGAUGCUCAUGUGGGCUCGUCACUUCCUGCUGAAAUGCGUCCUCCGAGUGUGAGGCUCGGCUCCAAAUGGGACGGUCGAGGGGAGCCGGGGAGGAGGACCACGCCCCUAGUGGGGGCUCCAGGACUCUGGGGGGGUGAUGAUGAGAGAACUGAGGACAACUUUCCCCUUCAACCGCCCAAGCGCCGCCGUUAUGCCACCACAAGCUGGCAGGACGCCGUGGGUGGAGGAAGCAGCGGAGGGGGAGGCGCAGGAGCAGGGGGGGAAGGCACAGGCGCAGCAGCAGGGGGAGGCGGGGGGGGACCGGGGGGCGGGGGACCGGGGGGAACAGGGGGGGGCGCACGGAAGGGGGUGUAUCAUUGCAACUACUGCCACAGGGACGUGACGGGGGAGGUGCGCGUGAAGUGUGCGGCGUGUGUGGACUUUGACCUCUGCGCUGAAUGCUUCUCCGUGGGCGCCACUGCUCACCCGCACUCUGCCUCACAUCCCUACCAUGUGAUGGUGAGUGGGAGGUGGGUGGGGAAGGGGGAGGGGGAGGGGGAGGGGGAGUGGGAAGGGGAGCCUCUGCUCACCCCCACAAGCCCUCCCACCCCUACCACGUCAUGGUGA